AUGCUCACUAACCAGUCUGACUGGAUAUUCCUAGCUAAAGGAAACGCCAAUGCUGUGUUUAGCUACCGUGGUGAAGAUCCUAAGCUUCAAGGUCUGGUGUUGAGGCUACGGUUGCAAUUAGCAGACUCGCAGGGCUAUAUCCCGGUGCAAUCCAUUGUCGAAUAUGUCAACUCAAAGAUAAGACCAAGCUUCAAGAAUGGCGAGAUUGUUGACAUGUCAUUGGUGGAGUUAGCACCCGGUUUCGCAGAGGCGUUAUCAGGCAUCUCACAUGUGGCACUUCAAAAAGAUGAAAAGUACGGGAUUCUAUUGCCGAACAUUCUUCCAGAAUAUGAGAGGGCGACAAAUAUUGUGGAGAUGUCCAAACAUAUCAAGUUUCGGUUUUAUCAAAACGAUAUUACGGUUUUGGAGUUAAAGCCUAAAUGGCUGUAUCAAUUACCGGCUGGUGUCAGCACAUGUCGUAAUUGUGCUCUAGAGAGGCUGAGAAGUGAGACCAAAAGAGGAAAUACCGGAAAAAGUACUGGAGCAGGUGGUGGAAUAAGCAGACCAAUAUGUCCUCUUGACUUAUUGAGUCCUAAAACGCUUCAAAGAUGGACAGACAAAGUAUGCAGUCCUCUAGCCGAACACAUGGAUGUCACUCAGUUGAAAGUUCAAUUGCUACAUGUUCUUCAGCGACAGUCUUCAAUAAAGGCCAUAUUUGAAUUACAGAACGAAAAUAAUCUGGAUGUCCACCAAAAUAUUCGAAACUUAAAGGGAGAAUCCAGUAUAGGCGAAGACCUCAGCCUAAGCAUGACUAUGAAAGACGUUACGGUUUUCAUCACCUUUGGUGAAGAUGCGGCUGACAUUAAAAUUAUAGAUCUGGAUUUGAAGCCCGCCGCGAAGUGGUCUCAUUGGAAGACAAUGGAGCAGAAGUUGGUGGACUCGGGUUUUUAUGACGAGUUGAUGAGUCCUCCGUGCAACAGAGAAGUUGAUUUGUGA